UCGAGCGGGACGGCGGUGUUGUGAAACUCCUUAAAAGUUUUCAAACUACGAGAUACUUUAUUGUACUUGCUCGGUUUAUCGAAUAUGGCCUUCCAACCGGAAGCAGACCUCCCACCCAUGCUGACGAGUUUGAACAAUGUUGAUGCCCUGUUGCGAUGUCCUAUUUGUUUUGACUUUUUCAACACUACAAUGAUGACCAAAUGCUCUCACAAUUUUUGCUCCUUGUGCAUCCGGAAAUUCUUUUCUUAUAAGCUUCAAUGUCCAGUUUGCAAUACACAAGCCACAGAACAAGAUCUGCAAAACAACCGUUUACUGGAUGAAUUGGUGAUAAACUUUCAAGCUGCAAGACAGCAAUUGUCAAAAACAUAUUUUGACUCUCCACCAAUAUCCCCAAAGAACCCAGCAUCAGUCAAAUUUAAAGCACCCAUAGAAAAAGGCCAGAAGUGCAACAGCUCUGUUGUGAGUCACUUUUUCCAGAAAAGGCCCAGAAAAUCUCCUGGCAAAGCGUACCAGACUGGAUGUACACUCUAUGCAAGUGACACUGACCCACACUUGACCACUGUAAAGGAAGAGCCUAUGGAUGUGGGGGAAGCAUCGAUGCAGGACGUAGUGUCAGUGAAGCCAGUGGACAUAGAAUUACACAGAAUGAGCACCGAGGAAGUGAUGCCACACUCUUCUUCAUCCCCGCCAAAAGACGUGAAGCCUGUAAUCAAAGUGGAGUGCCCCGUGUGCUCUAUACGUGUAUCUCAGCCCUUCAUCAACAAACAUCUGGACAUGUGUCUCAUAAGCGGAGAGAAGAAGGAAAGCUUAAGGAGCUCCCUUGGCAAGGCAAGGCGCCCAAUGGGGAAGCUGGUAUACAACCUGCUUUCCCAGACACAGCUGAAGAGGAGGCUCAAGGAAUGCCACCUUUCAGUGAAAGGCAACCGAGAUCAGCUGAUCAAAAGGCACAAGGAGUUUGUGCAUAUUUACAAUGCGCAGUGUGACUCUCUCAACCCCAAAUCAGCUGAAGAAAUUGUUAAAGAGGUGGAAGCCAAUGAGAAGAUCAAAAAUCAGCUGCAGGACAAAGCUAAACCUGUUAUGGUUUUCUCAAAGAAUCACUCUGAGAAGGAGAUUGAUGAUGUUCACUCAACGUACAGAAAGCAGCACAGCAGCGACUUCUCUCGACUGGUUGCCCAGGUUCGUGGUCGCCUAGAUACAACCAGGAAGACUCUGAUAAAAGAUGAUGCGGCAGCGGCUGGAGGCGAGGAUGAAGAACAAACACCUUCGGCAGCUCAAGGUGCAGAUCCAAUGAAUUCAUUGGAUAUCAAGUUGGAAGGAGAGGAAGAAAAGGAGACUUCUGUGAGAGGCAUCGUUUUGUCAAACAGCCCCACUUACAGUGAAGUGUCUGUCAGUAGUUCAAUUUCCGACAUCUUUGCGCCAGAACCUUUGCAAACUGAUUUCAUUGAGGACAAUGGGCUGGGCGGUUGAUUGGCUACGUGUGGACCUGAAGAGCACUUUCUGGACCAAUGGCUUACAGGGGGAGGGCUUGGUGGCCCCGGGCAUCCAAUUUAGGGUGGGCAUCCAAAUGAGGGAGUUGGGCAUUCAUUCAUUCAGAGCAUGAAUGCUGACUGUGCGAUCGGGCUAAAACCACACCCCAUCCCCCUUGACAAACAGUUUACGAUGGGGGUACUCCGUCAGCCCCCCACCCGUUGACGAUUCUUUUACGAUGGGGAAAGUCUGUUGUCAAUACCCCCACUUUUUCAGUAUAAUUGCUUGGCCACUCUUUCCUUACAUUGCUCACACCUGCACAAUCUAAUGAAAUGCAGUACAAAAAAUGUGAGAAAAUAGAAUAAAGCUCUAUUUUAGCUGACAGUGUCAGAUCUAUUUACAGUAUUUGUUAGAAAAUUUUGUUAUUGUGGUUGUGUAGAAUUACAAUGCAUCAUACCAUGAAGUGUAUGUAAUAGUGUGGAUGCAGUACGAGGAAAUCAAUCCAUAUCAUUUCCAAUUGGGACAUACUGAUAAAAGCAAGUAAACAGUUACCUUAAUUUCGCAUGUAUAAUACGCUUUUUAAAAAAUAGUAAUAAAAAAUUGAGUGUAUUAUACAUAGGUGUUAGAAAAAUUACCAAAAUUAGUCAGCCUUAAACUGGCGAAUAUCAACACGGCUAACUUCCCUGCUACUACCUUUUAGACAUAUACCAGUACCUAGGGGGGUUUGACGUAACAUGGCUUACUUACUGUUUACUGGAUUGCAGAAACUCUCACCAGCGAUUUUGUAAUUUACCUUGCACAUGAAUAAUUAUAAUUCCUAGACUAAUAUUGAGCAUUUAGACUAACUGCUUCCGUAGAUGGAAGUAUCAGUCGUCAGAGCAUGUGCACAAUGCAAGGUAUGCAUUUGCCUCUUGUUUUAUUUGGCGCAUGCAUGCGUAAAGGCAGACAUUUCCAGUUUACUUCAGAGAACUUUUAAAUUUUUCUGAAAAACAUAAUAAAAUACAAAUUGCCAUGUCGUAAUACUUACAUUUUUAGCAUGGAUACUAGCAAUUCUGGGGUAUGUAUUAUACUGUACAAAGGUAGAAAGAAAAUUCAGCUGCGAAAGUGCCAUUAUACUCAAGCGCAUUACAGUAAACCCCCCUUUAUCGCGGGGAUACGUUCAAGAAUGCCCCCCCACCACGAUAAGUGAAAAUCCGCGAUAUAGAAAUAUUACAACAAAAAUAUAUAUUUUUUUUACAAUUUCUUUGGGGGGCGGGGGGUUUCCUGUAUAUGCGGAAAAUGGUCGGCAACUAAUUGACACCCCCCCAAAGGUUUAUAAUUGUCUAUAUUAAUAGUUAAACUGUAAUACCACAAACUAUGAUCCCAAAAUAAUAUCAUUUCAAAAUCAUCUUACAUUACCCUUAAAAAAAGAAAUGACAAAGAUGCGCUUUUAAAUGCACAUGGCGAAGACUCUGUAAUUUCCUCUAAGGACCCAGGCUAAACUUAACUCCUCCAUGACAUGCGACAAGGUCUUACUCUCUCAGUUGACAUGGAGCACUUUGACAAUACUUGCUUGAAACCAAUUAUUACUUUCCUAUUAGCACAAGCUUUGGCACCAUCUUGUAGCAUCUUAGAAUACGCAAAUAGGUGAGUUUUUCAACAACUAGCUUGAGGAUCGAUUCCAUGGGGGGGGGGGAAGAUACAUUUGUGAAUGGUGAAAUACGCGGGGAUCACGGUAGAUGCAAAUAUGUCGCAAAUUAAUACUUCUGUUAUGAAUAAAUAAAAUGAAAUUGUUUCUUUUACCAUUAUGUUGUUUUCAGUGUCUGUAAAAUGCUUUCAAUCCUGCAUUUGAUUUUUUGUCUGAGGAAAUCUUUUUUGCACAAGAGCUAGUAAAAAAGUACAUCACAUAACAUAUUGCCCAGGCUGUCUCUUUGUUUCUAAUGUCUAAAAUGUUUUUCACCUAGUAUCAUGGCCUUGCAUCUAUGGGGUCUCGUCAGUUUGUUGAUUCAUGGUCUGUUUCCCUUGAUGGGUGGCUAGUUGCUGUGAUCAGAGCAGUAUUUUCUCCCUGCCCUGUAAAUGUCAUGUUUGUGAAGUUCUCAAUAGGAUGUCAUUGAGGUGGGAGCACGUUGCCGGCCAGUUGAAGUGUUUGCUGGCGUGGCGGGCAGCAUGUUGGUGUGCCAAAAAAAACAUCAUUGCUCUCUUGGAUCCUGUGCACUUCUUUGUACUUGUAUUUGUACUAAUGUACCUCUUACUACUCGAAGUUGUUUAGGCCUCAGGCUCAUGUUUUUAAUGUAAACAUUCAAAAUAAUUCACUCAGACUACGUGGAGACUUGGAGAUUGGGCGUGGAAAUCACAUGGAAGGAAGUGGGAAAGAAAGAGACUUAAUCUCCACAUUACAGAUUGUCAUGGUUGGCAAUUCAAGUGUUUUUUUAUAUAAAUUCCGCUUGCACACAGGCACAUAGCCCGUGUGCAAGAACACUCCGUCAUCUUUCAAGCUUCCACUUGCCACGUGGACUUGUAACCCAAAUUCCAGUGCUGGAAUUGUAUUUUUCCUGCCAAUAUAGUCAGAAUAUAUAGACAUGGGACACCUUGUCACUGGUUUUGAGCUGAUAUCUUUACUCCUUUCAAGUGAGGAGGGCCCUGCAUGUGGUCGUUGCUACUCCUUAGUGGUGGUCUCACAGACAUGUUCCCUGAGCGACAAUGGUUUGUCCCCGUGGUGACAACACCCUCAUGUUGCUGGACCCUUUCACCAGAAGAUGCUUGAACAAAUUACUGUAGUCCCCCCUCCACUCUUCUAAGUAAGUACACUUCU